GUUUUUCUCAUUUCGUUCUCAUCUACAAUUUCUCAUCGUUCUCUUCGUCCCCUUCGUCUUCUUCUUCGUCUCUUGGGGAUUCUAGGGUUAGGGUUUGCCAGGAGGGCGAUGGUGGCGGAGGGCUACGCGGCCUGGGAGGAGAUUGAGGUGUCGACGGACAAGGGGCGGAGGGAGGUGCACUUCUACCUCAAGCGCGGCGAUGGGCAGGUCGAUCUCGCCGUUGUGGGAAGGGAGAAGAGCGUGAGGCAUAUGGCUUACCAUGUUACGGGCCAGUUCCUUAGGACGGCGUUGGCGGGGUAUAUGUCGGCGCCGUCGGUGAGCUCGGCGGCGGCUAGGUUUUCGUUGAAAUGGAGGUCGAAAAGAGAGGUUGUUGAUUGGCUUAAGACGUUUAUUUCUGCUUCACAUCCUUAUAAAUCUUCAUCUGCGGUGGAUAGAUUUUUGGAUGACGACGACGAUGAUGAUAAUGGUGAAAUUGCAGAUAUGUCUCCUCCAAAGGAUCUUUCUUCAUUGAGAGUGUUGCAUUGUUCUAAAGAAUUUUCAUGGUUGGGUUCUGCAUGGAAUUGCAGAAAACGCCGAAAGCAUUAUCGAUCCUUCUGUCGAAAUGGAAUUACAGUUUCUGUUCAUGACUUUGUUUAUAUUAUGGCCGAGGAUCGCAAGCGGCUUGUUGCAUAUGUGGAAGAUCUUUAUGAGGACUUGAGAGGCAACAGAAUGGUUGUGGUACGGUGGUUUCACAAAGUUGAUGAGGUAGCUGUUGUUUUGCCUCCUGACGUUAAUGACAGAGAGAUUUUCUUUUCUCUUUGUCUUCAAGAUUUCAGUGUGGAAUGCAUAGAUGGAUUGGCUGCAGUUCUCAGCACUCAGCAUUUUGAGAAGUUUCAGAAUGAGGCAAGACAUGGUAAUUGGGAACCUUAUCUAUGUCGGAGGCAGAUUGAUAAUGAUGACAUCAAGCCUUUCGACGUAACUCAGGUCCAAGGAUACUGGCGUCAAGAAUUACUUAGGUCGAUGUCGACAUCUUCGCGUAAAUUAAAAUUGAAGAUAACUUAUGGCGGUUCUAAUUUAGAUCGAGAAAAUGACUCUGUUUCUCUUAGUGGAACAAAGAGGAAGCAGCGAGUAAGUAAUGAAGAUAUAAGUCGUAAAGCUUUUAAUAAAUUUAGAACUUCUGGCAAUGGAAGCAGAUCAGAAGUACAAGCUCCAGGUACCAUUUCAGGUGUUCCUGGUUCCAAAGAGGAGUUGUUGAAGCAGAAGUUUCAGAAGAUGCUAUACCCUGGUUGCAAUGUUGAAGUGCUCUCACAGGACAGUGGUGUCAGGGGUUGCUGGUUUCAAUGCGUGGUUCUCAAGAAGCACCAGGAUAAGGUGAAGGUUCGCUAUCAAGAUAUUCUAGAUGCUGAUGAAACUGGAAAUCUUGAGGAAUGGGUAUUAGCAUCCAGGAUUGCAGUAGCUGACAAGUUGGGCAUUCGUUCGAGUGGCAGGCAAAUUGUUCGUCCACAACGAACUGAUAAAGGGAUGAUUCAAUGCAGUUUCAAUGCUGGUGCUGUUGUUGAUGCCUGGUGGAAUGAUGGAUGGUGGGAAGGGAUUGUGAUUUGCAAAGAGUCGGAGCAGAAAAUUCAUGUUUAUUUUCCAGAUGAGCGACGGGCGUCCACCUUCUGCAAGGAUGACUUGAGGCAUUCACAAGAUUGGGUUUGCUUCCAGUGGGAGAAUAUAAAGGACAGACCGGAUAUCACCAACUCAAUGUUACCAAACUUGGCGAGUGAUGGUGGUAUUCCACCAUUAGUAUCUUCAGAACAAGAUGGGCAGCCUGAGUCAGAUCACACUCAAGCUGAGGAGGCCCAAUCAGCCAAAAAGGUCAAGUGUGAGCUUAGAUCCAGUGAAGAGCCAUUGGUUCAGGAGCAAAAGGUGCCGAAUCUUGUCAAAGAUUGCAUGCGCAAUGGACUUAGAUGGGUCUCAUCAAGGAAAAGGCGUCGUGGGAGGGAUCAAGAUAAAGUUGGUUUAGUUUGCAAAAGACCAAGUGAUGGUAGCUGCCGUAGCAUCCAGGAUGAAGCUGCAGUCUCCUUACACAGUGGACAGUUUCUGUUACCAAAAUCAAUGACAAUUGAUCAUGAUAACUGCAAGGGAGGGGGUGAUCUUCUCUUCAAUGCCCCCAUGAGCGUGUCAAACUUGGUUAUGUCAAGGUGAUGGGUGAUAUCAACUGUACAUUCUAAACACCGGGCAGUACGGUGGCUCUUUCGCUUAGUUUUUGAACCCAGUGUCAUCUCCGGUUGACAUAGAGGAAGCCAUGUAGUCACCACCUCUGUAUUGUGUUAUAUUUUUAGGUAGGUUAGAAAGAGCGCCUCCAGCUUCCUCCAUGCCGAUAAGGAUGAAAGAAAGCGGUUUUGAGCGCCUGUAGGUAUUAACCUAGUUUUCAUGUUUUUUUUUUCUUUAUAUUUAUAUAUAUAUAAUCCAUUAACUUUGGUCCUUCUAAUCUGGGUCUUCUUUUGGAAGUCCAAUUAUUUUUGUUUUGCUUUCUGAUUCUAUUUUGUGUCUAUAAGCCUGAUUGCUAGAAUUUUUUGUAUAAUACUAACUUUGUGUUAAUUGGUAUGAGAGGUUCUAAUGAUU